AUGGAAAGAACACGGUGUGGAGGCAGCUGGUGGGCCAGACUGGUCUUCGCUAGCUUCGCACUAUCCUUCGCUGGAUCGCAAGAACUGUCCGCGUGCUGUGGCAAAGCGGAGGGCACAUGUCGGAGUGUUUGCGAGAAGAUGUCGCUUGGAUCGAGUAUACGCGAAGAAAGGAUACAAAAUAUCUACAAAUUCUGCACGCCAGAUUUGAUCGAGUUCUGGAUAUGCAUGAAUCAGACAAUUCAAGAGGUGGUCUCCGGGUCGGGAUGGUGGGGCAAGACGUGCUGCGCUUUAGCACACAGCGGGCAGUGUCGGCACGCGUGCGCCUCCGCCAGCGACGCGCGCGCCCUCUCGCCGGUGUGCCGUCGCUCCGACGAGAUCGCCUUCUUCGACUGCGUGCAGCGGCAGCAGGAGGCGCAGUGGUGUUGCUCGCAGACCGUGUCGCUCAGCUGCCACGAGGUCUGCGAGAGCGUGGUGUGGCGCGUGGGCCUGGGCAGGUUCGACUCAUCGCUCACCGACCACGCGGCCGAGGUGUGCGAGGGCUCGCCGGCUUUGCUGCGCUGCCUCUACGACCUCACCGCGUCCACAGUGCACACAGACACCUCCAAAUACCUGCCCUGUUGCCAGGAGUCCGCUAGCGCGGAGUGCCGCAAGAACUGCGAGGCGGUGCUCCACCGCACCGGCGAGUCGCAGGAGAUAGCGGACGCGCUGGCCCUGAACUGCGGCGCGCCCGCCAUCCACGACGAGCUGUGGCAGUGCUUCCUGAGGAAGGACGCGCCGGUCAACACGAAGAACUUCGUACCGUACGACGCCGCCAAGCUGCACUGUUGCGAGAAGGCAGUUACGAUUAACUGCAAGAAGUUAUGCUUCGAAACAUUCAACAUUGGCUGGCCGACGAACGGACAAAAGUUCUACAGCGACUGCCUCGUGGACCCGCAGGAGAUGAAACUCAUUGAGUGCAUCGAAGAGGUUGAUGCGCCCUGCUCGCUGGGCUGUGCGGGUCUCACUUACUGCAGCCAGCUGAACAACCGUCCGACCACGCUGUUCCGCUCUUGUUCCGCUCAGGCGGAUCUAAAUGCUCACGUGGCGGUAGCUGAACGCAAGGACAAGGGCUCUGUGCUCAUAUCGGGGCUCAAUCUUCCGUUAAAGAACUCUUCUCAGUGUCCAACAGACCUCUGGAAGAGUGUCGCCUGUACGCUUCAUGUGAAACCCUGCAGUAGUAAGGGCCACAGCAGCCUCCUGUGCGCGGCGGACUGCAUCCGCGUGGUGUCGUCGUGCGUGGAAUGGUCGCGGGUGCGGCUCACGGCGGCCGCGCUCUGCGCCCGCCUCGCCCCCGCCGCCCCGGACGCCCCCUGCGUGCCCCUCCACGAGUUCAUGAACCCAAGUCAGUUGGCUCGUCCUUUUGAAGUUAUACUUAUUUUGGCACCCUGGGUGCCCCUCCACGAGUUCAUGAACCCAAUUAUACUUAUUUUGGCACCCUGCGUGUCCCUCCACGAGUUCAUGAACCCAAGUACCGAGCCAGCGUUGCUGUCGGCGAAGGAAGUGGUGACGUCACCGUGCGCUGGCUCGCCUUGCAACGCGAGCCAGCUGUGCGUGGUGAACCGCAAUUGCGCGUACGGCGCUGGCUGCGCGCGCUACGCUUGUCUGGACGCAUGCCCUCUGGGCGAGGGCAGUUCGUACAUGGUCCCCAGCGGAUCCUGGGUGCGCGUGCCAGUGCCGUGCUACGGCAACGAUUUGUGCUACAAAGUGUGCCGCUGCGAGGGGCACAACUUGGCGCACUGUCAGCAGCUGCCGCCAAUCUACCCGGACUCGACUAACUGCAGGCUCCACGACAAAGUGGUUAAAGAUGGCGAGAAGUACUACAUGGAGUGCAACGAGUGCGUGUGCGUGCUGGGCGAGCGGGUGUGCGCGAGGCGGGCUUGCGGCCGGGCGGCGCUGUUGACUGGGCUCCCUUGCAACUGUCCGCCCCACCACCUACCGGUCACCGCCGCUGGCAGACACCACGCCAACGCCUGUUUAGCCAAAUGCGCUGGAGUCCCAGACGUGUUCAUAGAGUUCGGAGCGACGGCCGCUUGUGCGGCAGCGUCGUGCCCGCGCCGUCACGUGUGCCUACCGCGGCCCGCGGUCUGCCUAUCGCAGCUCACGAAUACAUGCCCGCAGUACGUUUGCGUGAACACGACGAACUGCAAAUCGCAACCAGUCAUGCCCGUUUGCGACACCGAUGGUAGAACCCACUUCAGCCCCUGUCACCUGGUGAUGAGCCGGGCAACAUUGGCGUACUGGGGACACUGUCUAACGGGCUGCGUGACGAGCGGCACCGUGUGCGGCGUGAACGGCGUCACUUACGCGUCCGAGUGCGCCGCUUGGGCGGAGUACGUUAGCGUCGACUACCACGGGCCCUGCUUCGCCGUCGGGCCCAUUUCGGACUCGAUGGGGCCCAGGUGCGAAUUCGACAGGAUCCAGUGUCCGCCCCUCAAGAGCCCAGCUUGUCUAGGCUUCACCGCACCGGGCGCAUGCUGUCCAAAGUGCGGCGGCGCCAUUAGGGUCCUCUACGCGAAGAAGCAGUUCGACCGCGCCCUGUACGGAACCAACAUUUCCGACAACGUGGUGCACUUGAACAACAUACUGAGGACUCUGGAGAGGCACGUGAAGAUAGCCGAGUGCGCGCUGCGGGGCUAUUUGACGGUGGAAAUGGAGCUGUUCGUAUCCGUCGAGACGCUGAUGGAGAAUCCGACGGAUCUGCAGCUCAGCGUCUGCGUACUGGAGGCCGAGAAGUUAGCCGAUUUGAUUAACAGAGGCAGCGCCCUUAUUAAUAGCGACGUGGCCUUAUGCGCGUUGUCUUACGCUAUCCCUGUGCACACUUAUCCAACGCAGAGCGCGUGCGGAAUUAACAUUUCGAUCGCGCUGCUAAUUUUAUCGUGUCUCGUAACGCUAAUAUCGAGA